GUGUUUGAUCACAACAUCCUCCCUCAUUCAACGCCUGUAAAGCGCAGAUCCACGAGAUGAAGCACACCCUCUUCGCCCUCCCCGCCCUCCUUCGCUCCGCCAUCUUCCUCGCCGCCGCCGCCGCCGCAUCUCCCUCUCCCGCCUUCAGCGUGCACGACGACCUGCUCGCCUUCCCUCAAUACGAGAUCCUCUUCCUCGAAGAACACGUCACCGAAGCCCAAGCGCAAGCCCGCCUCUUUCCCAAUGAAGCAGGCGCUCCGCCCGACAACGACGCCAACGACCCCUUCCCUCUCGAGCACUACCGACUCAGCGACUAUGCGAACCCCGUCCAUCCACACGCCAGCGGGGAGCAAGAACCGCUCAAGUUCGAAUACGAAUCGGUGGUACUAGAUGGCCAGCCCUACCUCUGCAGCAUCCCGCAGAUCCCCAAACCCGAUCCCAUCUCGCGAGAUGCCGCGGGCAACAGCAGCACCACCACACUCUCCAAAGCGGAGCAGGAGAAGGAGCUCGCGCGCGCCACUGAUCGCGGCUGGGAACUGCUGUCUGGCAUGCAGGGGAAUUGCGUCUACUUCAUCAGCGGGUGGUGGAGCUAUAGGUUCUGCUAUAAUGAUGGGGUGAGGCAGUUUCAUCAGCUGCCGCCGAGUCGCGGCGUGCCCCCGUAUCCGCCUACGGAAGACCCCGGGGUGCAAGGCUUCACGCUAGGGAAGUACGCGGAGGGGAGUGCUGUUGCAGGCGGAGAGGAGAAGGACGGGUUCGGGGAUGAGGAGGCAUUGCAUGCAUUGGAUCUCGGGCAGAGCAAGACGAAACACACGACCAGAAGCCCUGCAGAAGUGGCAGGGAAACUAGUCCAUCGAGGAGAAACGCGAUACCUGGUGCAAAACCUGGACGGCGGAACGAAAUGCGACUUGACCGGCAAAGACCGCAAGAUAGAAGUGCAGUUCCACUGCAACCCGCAAUCCGCCGACCGCAUCUCCCUCAUCAAAGAAACCAGCACGUGCGCCUACCUCAUGGUCAUCCACACCCCGCGCCUCUGCCACGACGUCGCCUUCCAGCCGCCGCAAAAAGACCACCCCCACCCCAUCACCUGCUCCCCCAUCGUCGCCACCCCAGACGACCUAGCAACCUACCAAACGCAACUCUCCGCCUACAAAGCCGCCAUCUCCUCCGCCGCCGCGUCCGCCGCAGCCUCCCCCGCCGCAAUCAUCGGGGACAUCGAAGUCGGGGCCCACAAGCUUGUGCCGCGCGAUUUCAAGCUCGAAAAGUCGGCCAUUGUCGGCGGGGGCAAGGAGACGUUUCUGGAGACGGUGGCGUCGAGUGGGGAUGGGGUGUUGAGCAAGGAGGAGCUGGAGAAGCGCGGGCUGGAUCCGAAGAUUGUGGCGGAGUUGAGUAAGAUGUUGAAGGGGCGGGCGGAGCCCGGGCAGGGGUGGAAGUUGAAUGUCGUGCAGACGCCGCGGGGGAGGGAGUUUAGUGGGGUUGUGGAAGAGGUGCCUGGGGAGGGGGCACAGGAGGGGGAUGAGUCUAAGCAGGAUGCGAAGAAGGAGGGAAAGAAGGAAGGAGGAGACAAGAAGAAGAAGAAGGCCGCGAAGAAUCAUGAGGAUGAGAGGGAGGCAAAGGACGAAGAGGGCAGUCAGGAGGAGUACUUCCACAAGGACGAGCUCUAG